AACGAGCGCUACUCGCGCGCCGAGAGGACGACGACGAGGCGAGCUCGCGCGAACUCGGUUGGGUCGGCGAGCGCGAGAUAGAGUGAGCGCCGAGCGCGUCGGUCGCGUUCGGUCGGACAUGCAUCUCCCGCACGGCGAGCGUAAACAUUCCACAGCCGUGCCGUUAAUUGGACGCGUCGUCGUCUUGAUUCACGAGGAGAUCGAUAACCGGGACGAGCUGGCAGCGAUAACGGUGGCCGCGACGACGACGACGACGACGAGGACGAGGAGGAGGAAGACGUGGACGAGGAGAACUGUGCAGGCUACAGUGGCGGCUGCGGCAACGACAGCGGUGGGGAAGCGGGAGACGAAGGCGGAGUAACAUACGCAGCGCGGCGUAGUAUAUCGCAGGAAAUGAUGGCAACGCGUGUGAACCCGUCGAGUCGCGCCCGCCGUCGGCGGACGAACGUCGCGCGAUCGUUCUCCGGAUCUGGAUAGAACAUCCGGGGAACGUGUGCCCUCUCCGGUGUCCACUCAACUCCAAGUGCCAUUUCGUCGUAUAUAUCGUAUCCAGUGAUAUAUAUUCAGCCGCGGGGGGAGACGCUCGCGCAUAGUAGGGAACGCGCGUGCACGGACAUCCGCUUCGUUCAUUCGCUUCCAUUGUGGAGAUUGUGGAGAACACGCGACAGGGCAGGGACGCGGACUCACUCGCGGCUCCGUCGGGCGACGGAUUGGAGCGGAUUUUUGACGGGUGCGGGCAUGCAACCGUCGUGAUCAGUCGACGUGUCGUCGCGCUGGCCAACACUUGGAAGCUUCUCAAGUGACGACGAGCGCAGGAACCAGGUCGUGACCAGUCGUGUUUGACAGUGUACAACAACGCUCUGCUGACGGCUUGUUUACUGUUUAUCAGAGGUGCCGUGCACCCGAUGAUAAUGACGGGCACUUCGACGCUACAGAGGCUCAAGAGUACGGCUUUGUGGAUGAAGGUUCAGUGAUUGAGGGAAACAUUUGAGUGCGGUCGCUGUUUGCGGGACAAGGCAGCGCUUACGUCCACGUAAGGGGACACGUAAAAGACACCACAAGACACACACACACACAAGUGCGAGAGUGCAAGUGAGAGACUCAAGAUGCCUGAUAGUGCAAUGGAAGAGGAUCUUCUGGGUCCGGAAUGGCUGUUCGGGGAGUUGAGAUCGCAGGACGGUCCCAGUAAACUUCUUAUUCUGGACUGUAGAGCACACUCCGACUUCUCCGACGCUCAUAUAAGAGGCUCGGUGCCUCUGACUAUACCUAGUAUCAUGCUGCGAAGAUUGGCUGCUGGUAAAGUGGACCUCCUGUCCACGAUACGGUGCUUAGAUCUGAGAAAUAGAGUGGAGACGUUUCUGUGCGGAGAUGAGAACAGAAGAGGGACAUUUGUAUUAAUCGGUGACUCUACAGAUUCUGCAGGUCAUCAGGGUGAAACGUUGCAAGUUUUGAGCCGGAGACUUAAAAGCAGUGGAGGAAACGUUGCCGCUUUAAUCGGUGGUUUUGAAGCAUUUAAAGAUAAAUAUCCAGAGUGGUGCGAAGGUAGUCAAACCACUAAAGAAUGUGACCCAGGUCAGGACAAUAACGAUGGUGAAUUAAUGGGCCUUAGAUCCCUUCGGAUAUCUACUCCACCAACCAGAUCUUAUUCAGACUCCGAUAGUGACAGUACAUGUGAUUCAAUUGGUCCCGAGGAAGAUAAAGACUUUCCGGUGGAAAUUUUACCUCAUUUGUAUCUCGGUAACGCGGCCAAUAGUGAAGAUCGCGAGGCUUUAGCGCGGCACAGGAUACAGUACAUACUCAAUGUAACACCGGAUUUGCCAAAUGUAUUUGAAAGUGCCGGCUCAAUAAAGUACAUGCAGAUACCAAUAAGCGACCACUGGAGUCAGAAUUUGGCUAGUUUCUUCCCGCAGGCGAUUCAGUUUAUAGAGGAGGCACGGAACGCAGAUAAGGGAGUGCUGGUACAUUGCCUGGCCGGAAUUUCUCGAUCCGUCACGAUCACCGUGGCUUAUCUUAUGCACAAGUGCAGCCUCAGCCUGAACGAUGCUUUCAACCUAGUACGUAGUAGAAAGGCGAAUGUCGCCCCGAAUUUUCACUUUAUGCAGCAGUUGCACAGCUUCGAGCAGGAGCUGAGGGACCGAGGGGAGGAGAACAAGAGCAACGACCGGAGGUGCAUCGGGGCAUGCCGGCCCAAUAAGCCCUGCAAUUGCCCAGCGCCCAGCUUCCUGAGUCCCAUCGACAUGGGACUCAGCCCCGACUCGGGAAUCGAGUUUGACAGGUGGGCGGCAAGUACACCGGCCGAAUGAGACGAACUCGGGGGUACCCAAUACAAAUUCUAGGUCUUCUCCGUCACGCGAUCAGGAGGAUUCUGAUCGAGGGUUAUGAUAACGCGCUUUAUCAUUUUUGAUAUGCGAGACGAGCAACCGAAGUCCGCCACUCGCGAGAUAUUUCCAGAUGGAAUGGAAUAUAUUUGACGCGUUUGGCGAGUGCCGAGAUGUUAGUGCCGAGCUUUUAGCGACAUCGAAGAUAGUUACCGCGCCGAACACUUUCCUUUCGUAUUUUCUCGUUUCUUUCUGUCGAGUCUCUCUCAUUCCAAGCGUAACAACGUACGCGGAUAACGUUUAUUAAAGAUAUAUAAAUUAUUUAUAAAUUCUGAUUAAAUUGAAUUGCAAAAGUCUCUUUUUCUCUCCAAAGAUACGUAUGCGUACUCGACAUAACAUAGAAGAAAGAAAUUUACCUUCGUCUAAAUUUAGAAAUAAUCGAGGAAUGAGAGGAUUAAUAGAUUGAGAAAGAAAAAGAAAUAUAUUUUCGAUUAGGAAGAAGUUAUCUCUUUGUUAGACGAUUAGCUUUUCUCAGCGUUCAGUAACAAUGCUUCGAUAUAUUUCUACAGCGACAAUGCUUGUUUGUCUUGAAAUUUUCGAUUACGAAAGAUCGGACUGUUACGCCGUCGAAUCACGUUAAUACAAUGCAGUCGUGUUGUGACUUAGGGAAAGAGUAAACGAUAUGACUGUUGAUGUCCUUUUGCGAUAAGGAAGAAGCAACGUUUAUAAUGCUCUUUUCUGAAUUGUUGUGACAGCAAAGGAUAUUGAAAGUAUUUUGUAAAAAAUGAGAUCCCGUAAUUUUCUCAUCGUGCAACAGGCGCGCAAUUGUAAUUGUACAUUCUGAUGUUAUGCUUCCAAGUUUUGAGAAACUUUUAGCAUAUAUGAUUGUAUAAACGGUAUGCGAGAUAUAUUGGAUUCAAGCUACUAUCUACUCGCGAGGUAUAAAAUAAUGCAUACCGCCAUACCUCAAGAGAGUUUUAGAACAUAUACAUAUAUAUACAUAUGUAUAUGUAUAUAAUGUAUACGUAUAUGUGUACAUAUAUACAGGGUGUUUCCUAACAUGUGGAAUCCACUUCACUGAUAAAAUAGGAGAUAAUGAUAAAGACAAAUAAUGAAAGUUCACGUAAACAUGUGCUCUAUUUGGCUUUGAGUUAUAAUCAUAUUUGUAUUCCAAUAAUAUGGAGUUGCUUACCUUUAUAAGAAGUGCUCAAAAUAGUGCAGACCUUCGGUCUGAAAUGCAAUAACUUCGUUAACGUGUACAAGAAAGCUGGAAACACCCUGCAUAUAUGUAUAUAUAUACAUACAUACAUAUAUAUAUUUUAAUACUUCUUUCCCCAAAUUCUUCAAUUAAUGAGGCUGUGUUUAUUUUAUUGCAAGCGAUAUUUCAUGCGAAGUAAUCUCUAAACGACGAAUUUCCUACCAGGCAAUUAAAAGUAGUCGAAAGAUAAACAUCACUGCUUAGUAUGUUAAGUUCUGUGGUACAAUUAAGAGAGAUCCUGUAUGCACAUGCGAAUUUAAAGCUUCACGCAGGCACGAAAUCGAUCCCCCCCCCUCCC